CAUCAUAUCGUCAUCGUCCAUCAUCAUAUCGCCUCGCAACCACGAUCUACCAAGUGUCACCAUAAGCAGCAACCAGACCACACAGCUACAUACAAAGACCUUCACAUACGCAAGAUGAAGCUCUCCAUCUUUUCCUCGCUCCCCUUGCUCGCUUUCCCUCUCGCGGCCAUCGCCGCCCCCAGCCCCAACAUGGCCGGUCUCGUCGGAUGGGCCGCCGACAAGCUCGUCUCGGAUGGUGAGAUGAGGACGAUGGACAGUUGGCGUUAUGUCGAUUGUGGAUCGGCUUCGGAUGUCAUCCAACUCAAAUCCUUGACCGUCAAGCCCGACCCUCCUCGACCCGGUGAGACGCUCGAAAUCACCGCCAAGGCCGACGUGCUCGAGACCAUCAAGGACGGAGCUUACGCUGACGUCGUCGUCAAGCUUGGAUUGAUCAAGUUGCUCCAGAAGCAGUUCGACGUCUGUGAAGAAGCUGUCAACGCCAACGCCACCGUCCAGUGCCCCGUCGCCCCCGGAUCAUACGAGGUCGUCCAAAGCGUCGAGUUGCCCAAAGAGAUUCCUCACGCCAAGUUCCAGGUCCAGCUCCGAGGGUACAACUACGACGAUGCGGACAUGAUUUGCGCCGACAUCUUCAUCGACUUUAUGAAAGGCAGGCCUGGAUCGGCUUGAGCACAGAGUCUGGUUCAUAGGAACUGAAAGGAAGAAGGACCGGCUCGGCUCGCCUUCUUGUCUCCCCUGAUCAGUCAUGGAAGAUUUGUAGAAUUCGGAAAGACAUCUCGGAACCACGCGGCGUGAUCGUAGCUCAUUCAAUCCCCCGAACGAGCUUGAUUUCGCCGUCAAAUUAGUAUAUGCAACUGUUGUCGAUCAUCAACCUCGUCUGUCUCAAGUCAUCUAUCUAGUCUCGGCCCAUGUCAUUUGUGAAACGUGAAUAUGCGAUUGACCCAUACCUUUG